UUAUUUUAUUGUUUUCUUUUACCGCGCGAUUCACCAGGGAUCGUUCCGUCCGCCCACAUCCCUCUUUCCCUCGGCGGAGACUUCUAUACUGCCCAAAGCCCAUUGGUUUCUUCUAAAAAGAGAUUGUUAUUCGAGAAUCUCUUCUAAUUCUGUCCUUUUCGCUCUCUGUCAACUAGAACUUUAGGGUUUAAGGGAUGUAAUUUUUAUAAAUUUUCAACUAGUUAGGGUUUUUCUCUUUUCUCUCUUCCUUUUGUCCAUUUCGCUGGUUGGCAAGGGGUUUCGGAUGGUCGUGGCCGUGAUUAGCUGAAGCUUGGAGGGUCGAAUCUGGUGGCCGGCGAGGCCGUGUCUCCGGUGGGGUGGGGGAUGGUUCUGACGAGGCUUUCUUGGCCCUACGGAGGGCACCAUGUCUUCAUUUGCGGCUCUUUCUUAAGAUGGGCCGAACAUCGUCCAAUGAUGCUCAUGGAUGGAUCACUUACGGAGUUUCAGGCGUUUUUUGAUCUUCCACCCGGGGCUUACCAGUACCGUUUUCUGGUUGAUGGUACAUGGAGGUUUGAUGAACAGCAACCAUGUCUUACUGAUGAAUAUGGGACGGUGAACAAUGUCAUAUUUGUAGAAGAACCCAGCAUUUCACAUGCAGCACUGCACCAUGAACUUUAUGUUUCCAGAAACAGUGAAGUGGUCGAUGGCAUUUCUCUGUACACAGCAUCACCGCCAACCCACAUGCCCCCAGACCCUGUAGUUCAUGCCUCAGAUGCAGUAGUACAUGUUUCCCGUGAUUGGGUGUCCAGACUCUUAUCAGCGCAAACCAUAUAUGACAUCAUUCCCUCCUCAAGCAAGAUCUCCAUCAUGGAUGUUAAAUUGCCUGUGAAACGAGCAUUCCAUAUCAUGUAUGAACAAGGCCUGGCUGUUGUCCCUCUUUGGGAUGACUGCAGAGCGAAUGUGACAGGGAUGUUAACUGCUUCUGACUUCAUUCUGAUUCUAAGAGAGUUGCAGAGCAAUGCUCGGGUUCUAGCUAAUGAAGAGCUUGAAAUGCAUACAGUUUCUGCUUGGAAAGAAGGGAAACUCCAGAUAUAUGGAAGGUCUAUUGGACCUCCGAUAUUACGUAGAAGGCCUCUGAUAUCUGUCUCGGAUGAUGAUCUUCUGACUGCUGUGGCUCUCAAGAUUGUUCAGAAUGAGAUAUCUGCAAUUCCUAUACUUGGAUCUUCAUUGGAAGAUGGGUCAUCCAUGCCGUUACUAAAUCUUGCAAGCCUUCCUGGGAUAUUAAAAUUUAUCUGCGCACAUUUUGGAGAGUAUAUCGAAUCCAUGCCACUUCUACGGUAUCAGAUUUUCAGUAUCCCUCUAGGCACAUGGAUGCCAAAUACUCGAAGGCGUAGUGUACGUCAACUAGCAAUAUUGCAACGAAAUGCAUCUUUAAGUUCUGCUCUUGAUUUGUUACUAGAAGCUGGAGUAAGUUCUAUUCCAAUCGUUGAUGAUCGUGGAUCAUUAAUCGAUGUAUACUCUCGCAGUGACAUUCUGGCUUUAGCAAAAGAUGAUAUGUAUGCUCGCAUUCAGCUUGAUCAAAUGACUAUGGAGCAAGCCUUGGAACAAGUAUACCAGGCAAAUGGCCGCAGACGAUGCCACACUUGUUUGCGUUCAACUUCAUUCCGUGAGAUUUUGGAGCAACUCUCUGAUCCAGGGGUGCGGCGGCUUGUUGUCAUUGAUCCAAGAACAAGAUUGGUGGAAGGCAUAAUAUCAUUGAGAGAUGUAUUCACAUUUCUUUUAGGCUGAUGUCUCCCUAUAUCCCCCAUGUUGAAAAUUAGAAUUUUGUCUAGCAACAUUGAAUCAAUUAAUAAUAAAAAGAAUAUUUAAGGUUUGAAUUUGUGCUAUCAGCUUAUAACUAUACUGAUUAUUAUCGAGUUCCUUAUAACAUGAUGUGUACAAAA